AGGGCUGUGUACGUUGCCGGUGUCCUGUGUGGCUUUGACAAGUGUUAGAGUUCGUUGAUUAGAGAUUUGUAUCCAGCUUGCUAGUAGGAGUUCUAAACAGCAUGUGAAAUGUUGAAUUUCAUCCAGUAAAUUAAUAACAUCAUUCAUAUAACCAAACAUGUCGAGUCCUAAGAGUGCCGACACAUCUCCAUCUCCUGCACCCAGCAGCGUGGGAGGCUCCAAUGCACCCAAGUUUGGAACUGUCAUCCCAAACAGAGUAUUUGUGGGUGGCAUAUCGAGCAGCACAACAGAACAGGACUUGCUGGAGCUCUUCUCUAACUAUGGCACCGUCAAAGCAACUAAAGUCAUCAACGACAGGGCCGGCGUCUCCAAAGGAUAUGGUUUUGUCACAUUUGAGACAGAAGAAGAGGCCAGGAGAUUAACUCAAGAGGCAGACAAUAUCAUGCUGAAGGAGAGGAAGCUCAAUAUUGCUCCUGCUAUCAAGAAACAAGUCUCUGACUUUGGCGGCUUCAUGAAGGCAUACUCUCCGCGCCUGGUGGAUGGGGUGACGGGUGCUGGUGGUAUGGUGGCGGGCAACCCUGCAACCACGGUGUUCUUUACCAACCCUACCGCUGCUGCUGCUGCCGCCGCUGCUGCUUACUACAACCAGCAGCAACAGCAGCUGCUUGCUGCUGCAGCUGCUGCCAAUUCACAGGGGGGCGUUCAGCCCGAGUAUGCCACUGCUGGACAUCAUCCUACAUUAGCUUAUGCUAAUCAGCAUCAUUUGGCUACUCAGGCGGCAUAUCAGAGCCAAGCCGCUGCUGCCCAGCAGGCAGCUGCCAUGGCUGCUGUGUCAAACGGUGGCAGCUCAAGCAGCCCUACACAGCCUCAGUAUGCGCAGCCUCACAGCGCCUCACCUGCUGCCACCUAUGCCUACCCUCACACCCUCUACUACCCUCAUUACCAGCUUCACGCUGCAGCAGCCCAGCAACAACAGCUAUACCAGCAACAGGUGGCGCAGCACAAUGCAGCUGCUGCAGCUGCAGCUGGCUGGCCUGCGGCCUCGGCAGCUGCAGGCGCUGCUGCACAGCAGUGGCGCUGGUUCUCCCCCCAGGCGUAUGCAGCUGCGGCUGCUGCCGCCCACAGCCAACAUCAGCCCAACGCUGGCAACGUGGGCUACAUAAGCAGUGAAGGAGGAAUCUACGCCGCCGCUCAGCAGAACUCCCCCUACAUUCUCCCUGAUCCAACUUAUUGAUUACUACACUCACCUUACCAACAUUCCUGGUAGAGCUACUGACGUGCAGCGGCCUCAACACUCACCUUCACAUGCCUCUCUUCCUCCA